AACACUACUCACCACCAGUAAAAUUGGUAGUUGGAGAAAGAAGAAACCAGCCAUCAAAUCGACGAGACUGUUUCGAUAGUGCGCGACCUAAGUGGUUACUAAUUAAUAAUACUAGCUUGAAGGACGUAGUUAAGUGUCUUUUUCCAACAAAAACCAAUAGAUAUGUCUUUAGAAACAACAUCACCUGAUUCUAAUAGAGAUAACACAAGCCUAGAGUCCAUUCAAGAAAUCAUUGUAGAACGUCCAAAGCAUAUGGAAUUAGAUGGGUUUGUAGGUCUUGAUAAUAUUCCUAAACAAGUAUUACGAAAAGCUGUCAACAAAGGAUUUGAAUUUACUUUAAUGGUCGUUGGUGAAUCAGGCCUGGGAAAAUCAACAUUAGUUAACUCAAUGUUUUUAACUGAAAUCUAUAAUGCAUCAGAUUAUCCCGGACCUUCUCAAAGAGUGAAAAAAACAGUGGUUGUGGAAACAACAAAAGUACUAUUGAAAGAGAAUGGUGUUAAUCUCUUGCUUACAGUAGUAGACACUCCAGGAUUUGGUGACGCUGUCGAUAACAGUAAUUGUUGGACACCUAUAAUUGAAUUUAUAGAAAGUAAAUACGAAGAUUAUUUUAGCUCAGAAAUGGGGGUUACCAAAAAAACCAUGCCAGAUCCACGUGUUCAUUGCUGCUUGUAUUUUAUUCAACCCUCGGGUCAUGGAUUAAAACCUUUAGAUAUAGAAUUCAUGAAAAGACUAUGCACUAAAGUUAAUAUAAUUCCAGUUAUAGCGAAAGGAGACACGUUAACAGCAGAUGAGUGUGUUCUCUUUAAAAAACAAAUUUUGAAUGAGAUUGCUCAAAAUAAAAUUAAAAUAUAUGAAUUUCCAGACACUUCAGAGGAAGAGGAAGAACAAAAUCAAAACAAAUCGCUCAAAGAUAGAGUACCAUUUGCAGUCGUAGGAGCAAGUACUGUAGUAGAAGUAGAUGGCAAGGAAGUUAGAGGACGUAAGUACCCCUGGGGUAUCGCAGAAGUAGAAAAUUUAGACCACUGUGAUUUCAUGUCUCUGAGAAACAUGGUAAUAUGCACACAUUUCGAAGACUUUAAAGAUGUCACGCAUAAUGUUCACUAUGAAAAUUAUAAAUGUUGCAAAUUAACAGGCCUUUAUGUAGACGGUAAACCAAUAACUAAACAUCCAUUGGCUCAAAUGGAAGAUGAAAAACUAGAACAUGGUCUGAAGUUGAAAACGCACGGAGCUGUCAUGGAACAAAGGUUCCAUUUGAAAGCUCGUGAAAAGCAGGAAAUAUUAACAGUUACCGAAGCAGACCUAACCAGAAAAUACGAAGCCACCAAAGAGGCUCUGGAAGCUCAAGCGAAAGAGUUAGAAGAACAACGUCGCCAGUUUGAAGCUGAAAAAGAAGCCUGGGAGAAAGAAAAGCAAGUUACCUUAGAAGAGUUGAGAAGACUCUCUUUAGAAGGAAGGACGAAAGAAAAAGAAGGUGAUGGAAAGAAGGAGAAGAAAAGGAGGGGAUUUUUUUCAUAG